AUGAAGAGUUCCAAUAACUCUGUGGGGCUCUUACCUGCUACAUUCAUUUUGGUUGGCAUCCCGGGGCUGGAGUCAGAGCACAUCUGGAUAUCCAUCCCCUUCUGCCUGAUGUACAUCAUCAUCUUCCUUGGGAAUGGGACAGUUCUUCAUGUCAUCAGAACAGAUGCUGCCCUCCACCAGCCCAUGUAUCUUUUUCUUGCUAUGCUGGCCUUGGCUGAGGUUGGCGUCUCGGUCUCCACCCUGCCUACAGUGCUGGGUAUGUUCCUUUUUGAUAUUUCUGAGAUUACUUUCGAAGCAUGCCUUCUCCAGAUGUUUUGCAUCCACUCUUUCUCCAUUAUGGAGUCAGCUGUGUUGCUGGCCAUGUCUGUGGACCGCUUUGUGGCCAUCUACAGCCCACUACAUUAUACCACUAUCCUGACACUGCCCCGUAUCUUCAGCACAGGAACAGUCAUUGGGUUGAAAAGCAUUGUGCUCAUGGCCCCAUUGCCUAUACUGUUGCGGAGACUGCCCUUCUGUGGCCAUAAUGCCCUCUCUCAUUCCUACUGUCUCCAUCCCAACCUUAUCCAUCUACCUUGUGGUGACAUUUCUAUCAACAAUAUCUAUGGGCUGUUCAUUGUUACCUCCACUUUUGGACUGGAUUCACUGCUCAUUGUGGUUUCCUAUGGGCUUAUACUCCACACUGUACUGGGCAUUGCCGUUGGAGAGGGGCGCAAAAAGGCACUCAACACAUGUGGCUCACAUGUCUGUGCUGUGCUUGCUUACUACGUACCCAUGAUUGGCUUGUCUAUGGUACAUCGCUUUGGACACCAUGUAUCUCCUCUGCUGCAAACCAUGAUGGCCAAUGCCUAUCUCUUCUUCCCCCCUGUCGUCAACCCCAUUGUCUAUAGCAUUAAGACCAAGGAGAUCCACCGUGCUAUAGUCCAAAUGCUGUCAGAGAAGAGGCUCAGAGCUUAG